AUGGGCUCUCUUCACAUUCCUCCUCCCGCUGCGGGGAAUGCGCGAUCCGACGAUUCCGCCUCCUCUUCGAACUCACGAUACACGCCCGUCUCCAAUGAUCUGGAAGAACAAGAACAAGAACAAGAACAAGAACAAGAACAAGAACAAGAAGGAUAUGACUACUCAGCGUCAAGGUCGGGGAAAGCGCCCAUGGGAAACUUGCGGUUGCAGACGGAUUUUGGAGAUGAUGCGGAGAUGGCCGAGCCUGUUUCUGGAGAUGAGGAUAAUCGAUAUGAUUCCGAUGAGGAUGUAGAAGGGAAGACGGGGCGAGCUGGAGAUGGUCCGAAAUACACGCCGGAAGAAGAGAAAGAAGUUGUUUCGGUAUUUGAUCGACGUCUGGUCCCAUUCUUGGCCCUACUUUAUUUGCUGGCUUUCCUGGACCGUUCAAAUAUCGGAAACGCAAAAAUUGCCGGUCUACAAGAUGAUCUCAACCUCUCAUCUUCGCAAUAUGAAUGGUUACUUACCGCAUUCUACAUUACUUACAUUCUCUUCGAAUGGAUGACCCUCAUGUACCGCCUGGUACCACCACAUAUCUAUAUCUCCGUCUGCGUCUGUGGAUGGGGCCUCGUGGCUUCAUUUCAAUGUCUCGCCACAUCAUUUUGGGGACUUGUCGUCCUCCGUGCUUUGCUCGGAAUUACGGAAGCGGCCUUUGGCCCUGGUGUUCCGUUUUACUUAUCACUGUUCUACAAGCGUGAUGAACUUGCAUUUAGAAAUGGGCUUUUUAUUUCAGCGGCUCCUCUCGCAACCUCUUUUGCGAGCACCUUGGCUUGGAUCAUCGUUAAGAUCAGCAGCAAUGGCGCCAUUUCUCCCUGGCGUAUCCUCUUCUUGGUUGAGGGCUUCCCAAGUGUCAUCGCUGCUGUUUUUGCUUGGAUACUCAUACCCGACUCUCCUGGUCGAGCUCGCUUCCUGACUCGCCGACAGCGAGUCAUUGCUCGACUUCGUCUCGAGGGGAAAAUGGCCGAACCCCAGCAUUCACAGGAGCAGCAACGUUCCAUGCCGGUGUUCCUCCCCACUAUUAUCAAAGAUAUGGGAUAUGACUCCCUUCACGCCCAAGCGCGUUCCGCGCCCCCAUAUCUCGUCGCAUUCGUCGUCGUCCUCCUAACAGCUUACGCAUCGGACCGUGCACGCACACGAAGCCCCUAUCUCAUCGCACACGCCCUCAUCUCCUCCGCUGCGUACCUCGCCAUCGCAGCAACAGGUUACUUCCAGGAUCACAUCUCUCCAGGGCUGAGCAUAUUCAUCCGAUAUGUUUGUGUAUUUCCAGCUACGGCGGGAUUUUUCUCAGCAAUCACAUUAAUUAUCACCUGGUCAAUGGAUAACCGAGUCGAAAAAGAGGGUAAGGGAGCCAGUAUCGCCAUCUUGAAUGUCAUCGGGCAGUGUGGACCAUUACUUGGAACACGAUUGUACCCUGAGUCCGACGGGCCGUGGUAUGUUCGUGGUAUGGCAACUUGCUCAUUUUUCAUGAUUGUCGUCGCCGUUUUGGCCCUCGUGUUGCGGAUCUUGUUACAGAGAGAGAACCGCGCCGCCGCCAAUGAUGAGGACCACGGGACCGUGGAUCCAGGCGAGGAGCGAGAAGAGCUGAUGGGCGGCAGAAGAAGGGAUGAUUUUGAACGAUCUGGUGAUCAAAGGCUUGUGUAUAUCAUUUAA